ACCUUUUUUUAUAUCACGUACAAAAGAACAACGGUUCGUUAUUUUCCUGUACUCUGUUUGUAGUGGCUUAGUGUAUUUCGUAUUCUGUACGUUUUCUCGCUGGUAUCCUUUGAUAUGUUUACUUCUCGCGUUCACGAGGGGGUGCUGCUCUCAUCGCUUUCCUUGACCCAUGUACAAUUUAACCCAAAUGAUACCAUUGCUUACUUUUUGGCCUACAUUACCUUGGCACCCAUCGCCAUCUUGGUGUUCUACGCCUCGGUGAUUGUCUCAAGACGAGAAGUGACCGGUAUUCUUAUGCUUACGGGCCAGUUGCUCAAUGAGGUGGUGAAUGCCAUUCUAAAGGAAUAUUACCAAAUGACACGUCCCAAUGGUACAAUCAGGAAAUACUCGUGUAUUUGAAUGAAAUUUGGAGUAUUCACUACAUAUGUAGGUCAUUUGGGGACAGGUUACGGUAUGCCGUCGAGCCAUGCCCAGUUUAUCUGGUAUUUUGCCACUUACGGUAUCUUGUAUCUGUACACGCACAUGACCUUGGAACACGGUGCUUGGAAAUCAGUUGCCACGCUGGCUAUUUUUACUCUUGCUCUAUUGGUGUCCUUCUCCCGGUAAAAAUUCAAGGAUACUGCUGUCAUCUUUAUGGCCAACAUUAGCAUACUAAAAGCUCGUCCGUAGAAUUUACCUCGGCUAUCACACG